ACAAACAAGUCACAGAAAGGAGUAAAGAAGGGAGGGAACCAAAGAUGGGAGGAGCAGAAAGAGAGAGGAUCGGUGAUAUCAGUCUGUUCUGAUAAAAGAAGAAACACAAACACACCUGAAACACAACAUCUACAGAAAUGGAGAGAAUCACACUGAUGUCUGUUCUGCUCACAGUCGUGGUCAGUUCGUCUCCGCGUCAGUAUCACUUUGUGAAUCAGAAGAAGAACUGGACUGAAGCUCAGAGAUACUGCAGAGAGAAAUACACAGAUCUGGUCUCUAUCAAUGACAAGAAUGAACAGAAUGACACAAAUCAGCUCCUACAGAGAGUGAUCAGUGCUGACCGUGUCUGGAUUGGGCUGCAGGACGCAUGGGUUUGGUCUCUGAAUUACUCUGACUUCUACAGAGGAGAUGAGUCUCAGUUUAGGAAGUGGGGACCAGAUCAACCAAAUGGAGAUGGAGACUGUAUUUAUAUGAACAAUGAUGGACAAUGGCAUGAUGUAGACUGUAGAACAACAAGAUAUUUCAUCUGCUAUAAUGGCAGCAGUAAAGGAUUCGUCCCUGUACAGGAGCAAAAGAACUGGAUUGAAGCUCAGAAACACUGCAGAGAGAAACACACAGAUCUGGCCAGUGUGAGGAAUGAGAGUGAGAAUGAACAGAUAAAGAACCUAACUUCACCUAAUCAAGCCUGGAUCGGUCUGCAAAGAUUCUGGGUUUGGUCAGACAACAGCAAAUUUAUAUCCCCUCUCUGGAGCAGUGGUCAACCCAAUAGCAGAGAUGGCAAUAAAAGCAUCUGUGUAUCAACUGAUAAACUGGUUCUGAUCCGAGAGAAUAAGACGUGGUCUGAAGCUCUGAGAUACUGCAGAAAUAUGAGCAUGGACCUGGUGUCGGUGGAUUCGGAGCAGAUGCAGAAGCGGGUGAUGAAUGUGACCUCGAGCGCUCUCUCUGAUCACGUGUGGCUGGGUCUGCGUCACUCCUGCACAGUGGGGAUCUGGUUCUGGGUCAACGGUCAGACCGUGUGCUAUGAUCAGUGGGCUUCUGGUUAUGACAGCGGACCGGACGAAUGUGAUAAGACGGUCAGAUCCGGAGUCAUUCGAAAGAAUGAUACUCGCUGGAUCAGCCGCCCUGAAACUGAUAGAUACAACUUCAUCUGCAUCAAGUGA